ACACCACAACAAGCAGUAUCAACUAAAAAAUUACAACAAACACAAGCACAAGUUGAUGAAGUUGUUGGUAUUAAAGUUAAUGUUGAAAAAGUACUUGAAAGAGAUCAAAAAUUAUCAGAACUAGAUAAUCGUGCUGAUGCACUUCAACAAGGUGCUGCACAAUUUGAACAACAAGCUGGUAAAUUAAAGAGAAAAAUGUGGUGGAAAAAUCUUAAAAUGAUGAUUAUCAUGGGCAUCAUUGGUUUAAUCAUACUCAUCAUACUUAUCUCUUCAAUCUGGGGUGGCAGCAGUUCAGAAUCAUCUGGAAACAAGUAAUUUUCUACAG